AUGGCGGAUAAUGAAACCAACCCAGAGAAAUUAGCCAAAUUCGAAUAUUUCUUAGGCCCCCUGCCAGAAGAGAUGAAGAUCGAGAUUCUAUCUCGAAUGCCCUUGAAGUCGGUGGCUCAAUCCAGAGCCGUUUGUCGGGCGUGGAACUUGACUCACGGCGACCCGUCUCUCCUCAAUAUGUUUAUUUCCUGCAACUUCGCUCUUAAUCGGACAUGGGUUUUUCUGGGCUUUGGCGACAUCCACACUUCCGUACACUUCAUCGAACUUUCCGACGAUGCCGGCCAGGAAGAAAACGAUAAGGCGGACCACAAGAUUCGGAUGAUCGAUCUGCCCUUUUCCGAUGAUUGCAGCCCCAGCCGCUUUUGGAUAGUCGGCUCUUGCAACGGCCUUCUGUGCUUAGCCCAAUCGUCCUAUCCCCGCCCAAGAAUCUACCUUUACAAUCCCUUUACAAAGGCCUUCAAAUUGCUGCCAAAGAAUUAUUUGAUCAGUAAGGUGGAUUGUCGAGAUGAAUCCUACAAAUCCGUGUUUGGGUUCGGGUACAAUCCGUCCGCCCGGGACUAUACUGUGGUGAGUGUGGAUUAUAUGAAAAUUUCUGAACAGGAGGAGAAAACGACUGCGUAUGUGUAUACUUUCAAGAGUAACACAUGGACAAGGGCCAAGAAUGUGCCGGUUCAUAGGUUUGGGACAAGAUUCAUGGGAGGGGUUUUGGCGGGCGGGAGGCUGCACUGGCUUAGGGACGAUAAGUUAGGCAUUGUUUCGUUCGACUUGGCUGACAAUUUUUUCCGGGAGGUCGAGAUGGAUUUGCCCUUGAUGGUUAAAAACUCGGGGCGUUGGCGCCACAUUGCAGUUUUAGGGGGAUACCUGUCGCUUGUGGUGGACGAUAGCUGCCAGAUUGUUAUUUGGGGCAUGAGAGAAUAUGGGGUGAAGGAGUCGUGGGAGAGGAUGUAUACUCUCGGACACUCGUUUUACGAGGAGUAUUCUUUUGUCGGGGGCGCGAAUUCUGUUCGUGUGUUGGGUCUUAGGAAAAAUGGAGAUAUUCUUCUGGCAAUCCAAUUUUACGGGUUGGUUAGCUAUAAUCCACGCGAUGGGGCGGUUGAGUUUAUUUUGGAUUGUGAUAUGUUUGCGGAAGAUUGUGUUCGUGUUAGUGAUCUUAUUACUCCGAGCGCCUUGUGCUUUUGA